AUUCGGUUUCGGAUUCAUAUUCAGAGGCGGAGACGCAGGAUGGUCGCGUAGUGCAUACAAAUUACGCCCCGAAACAGUGCCACGCCCCUGAAAACUCCCCCAAUAACUCCGCCGAGAACACCUCCCCGGAAAACAGCCAGCCCCCUACCCACGAAUCGGUUUAUUUAGGUGCCUCGCCUGUGACUCGCAGCAAGUUGUUUGCCAUUUGCUGUGAGCUGAAUGCGUCUUUGCCAGCCAAAAAUAUUGUUAGCCAUAAAUUUUUGGCAACACAGCGGAACCGAGGAGCGCACAAAGAGCUGCAAAAAAUGUGCAUCCAACAUCGAGCAGGAAGCGCUGCAUUUGUAGUCACAAAUUCCGGGGCAUUUGUUUAGAAACUUUGUCCGCAGUCCGCGACUGAAACACGCCAUGUAAUGUCAACUUGAUUCGGGUCCAAACAAGAGCUUCCACUUGAGCAAGUUUGCAGCUCAGCGGAGCGAACCCAGUGGCAGAUAGAUGUGUCGAGGAUCCGCUUUUGUAAAUAUGCGAAUUUGUGUACAUAAAUUGGGCACAUCGUUCAGGGGAUCAGGGCAACAGGGCUAACUUCCAUCACAGUGCAGUUCGAGUUUCAGCUCAGAGCAGGAACAAAUUUUCACCGACACACACAACUGCUGUCAAAAAAAAAUAAUAAAAUAAAAUAAAGCGAGAAAUAAAUAAAAACAAGCUUUUUUCAGUAAACGCUGCUUUCGCAGCAGCUUAAUCCAUAAAAAAUAAAUGAAUAAUUCACAAAAGACUACUUAAAAACCAAGAACAGCAAGAUGAGUUUGACGGAGAUGAUGCGGUGUAAAUCGAUGCCAGCGGAAAAGAAGAAUGACAUCAAACUCGCCCAGCAUGAAUUUGCAACCGUGCGAAUAGUGCAAAUUGGAUGUGUUCUAAAUGUCCUGGCCGAGGCCAUCGAACGGGUUAAGAUCUCGCUAAUCAUGCCGAAACUGCUGGAACAUCCCGCGCACAUGGCUAAGAUUCUGAAUGGAACCAAGUACGAAAGGGCAGUUCAUCUGGUGGAAUCCUUUGUUCGCCGAAGGGAGUUCAUUCUGCGGGAGAAACGUCCGCCCCUGAUGGAUCACGGCAUUAUCCAGAUCAUCGAUUUCUUCCAGCGGAACAGCAGGAUCUACAUUCUGUUUCCCAGAUACUACAACCAUAUGAGCGACAACGAGAAGAAGCUGCUGAAUGCUUUCGAGAUGCUCUAUGAUCUGGCCAAGGACCGCUUGUACAGGACGUCCACCGACGCCAUCGCCCAGGAGCGCCAGCUGCAUGCCAUGUACAAGCAGAACGAGGUGGUCAAGGAGCAGGUGGAGGAGCUGCGCAAGAAGAUCCUGGAUCAGAAGGCGGCCAUCAGGAAGCGCUUGGAGGAUAAGGAGGCCUACCUGCAGAACUACGAGGACCUCCUCAUGAAGAAGAAGAGGGAGAAGAACGAGCGAAUCCAAAAGGAAAUCGAUCGUUGCACUCGUCUGGUAAAGGCCAAUAAAAAACUAAGCUUAGAGCGACAAGCUGAAUUGGAAGAACAGCUGCAGAAGACGCAGAACAACUAUAACUUAACCACAAAAAACUAUUUGAAACAGGAAAAGGUGUUUCGAGAGGAAAAAAACAAGCUAAUUUUACAACUACAAGCCAUUAUCAAGAAAUACGAUCACAGCAUUGGCGAAAAGAUGAUCGAGAACAUGGAGCUCGCCGAAGAACACAAAAAGGCUAAGAAGGUCCUCGACGAAUAUAUGAUUGGGUUCCGAAAGGUUGAGCGGGUCUACAAGCAGAUCGUCGUCAAGCGAGAGGAGGAGGAGGCCAGGCACCGCCAGCAUCGUGUCCUGUUGUUCGCUAUGAACCGCGCAGCCAUCAAGAUCCAGAAAUACUGGAGAAAGUGGAAGAAACACAUGCGCAAGAAGAACAGGCGAAACAAGAACUAAAACCAUUUUGAAUACCCAAAAUUUAAAGUGGAUACUAAUUUUUGGCACUAAUUGGAGAAAUUAAAAAUUUUAGAAUUAUUCUUUGGAACUCUA